AUGGACGGUUUUAACGACAAUUACUUUAAUGAUGAUGACGAUUACAUGGGAGAUGAAUUUGGGCAAGGUGUUGAUAGUGAUGAUGGGGAAAAUUACGAGAAUGAUAUAGAUAUAAUAGCAGACAAUCAGAUGAAAAAAGAUAAAUCUGAUUAUGAAAACUCAGAAGCUAAUGAUGAUAAUAUAAGAAUAACUAGUCCAUAUUUAACAAAAUAUGAAAAGGCAAGAAUAAUAGGAACAAGAGCUUUGCAAAUAAGUUUAAAUGCUCCAUUAACAAUUCCAAUUGAAACACACGGGGAUACAACAAAUGGUAAGAAUGAAUAUGAUAAUUAUUUAAAUAAUGACCCUUUAGUUAUAGCUGAAAAGGAAUUAUAUAAUAAGUCUAUUCCUUUUAUAUUAAGGAGGUACUUGCCUAAUGGCAGUUACGAGGAUUGGAAAUUGGAUGAACUCAUAAUUGAUUAA